AAUGGCGGAAAGGAAAGAAAAGAAGGAUUAUUUUGAUAUCAUGAUAAAGACUAAGUCUUCAUAGGACCAAAUAGCCUCUUAUUUAGUGUAGGCCAUUUUGGGUUUAAGAGAUAGAGAGAAUAAGAAUGAGUCAAUCAGACUUUCAGGAAGUGGAUCAGCAAUUCCAAAUGUAAUUUUGGUUGCUGAAAUUAUUAGAGCAAGACUUAAGGUAAGAAAGAAUAAUAUAUGAUAGGGAUUGAGUUCAAUUGUCACAUUAGAGAAUGUUCAUAAGGAAAUAAAUGAGAAUGGAUAAAAAUCAAUAAUAUCAAUCCCAGCAAUUAGGAUAAAAUUGACGUAAUAUUCUAUAUUUAUUGUAAGAUGUAAUCCAACCUAAGAAGAAUUAUAAUAACCAGGAUAUCAAGCCCCAGGAGAUGUACAAGAUGAUAAAAAGAUUGAACUUUUUGAUUAUAUCAUGAUCUAUGCUAAGAAUUUGUAUUUUUUGAAAUAGAAGGACGGAUAAAAGCAGAAUUAUAAUUCUAAUCAUAAACAAACUGGAUAACAUAAUGAAAAGAAUCAAUAAAUAUAAGAUGUACAAGCAAGAGGAGAAUUGAAGACAAGAGGAGGUGCUUAAGUUUAAAUAGUACAUAGAAGACCUGAAGAAUUAAGAAGGAAGCCUGAUGAACCAGAAAAUCAAGUAUAUUGUAUUUAAAUUUAUAUAGGAGAGACAUGAAUAAGAUUAAACAUAUAAUAAGAAGAAUUAUAGGCCAAAACAAAUGCACGAUCAAACUAAAUAAUAUUCAUCAUAAUAAUAGAGAGAGGGAUAAUUUAGACCUAAAUAAGGAGAAAUUAAAACAAGAGGAGGAAAUAGAAGGUGAUU